AUGGAGAACUUCUCGGCGCUGUUCGGCGGGGCCGAGCCGCCGCCCGCCACCGCGGCCGCCGCCCUGGGCUUCGGGCCCGCCAAAGCGGCGGGAGCAGGGGCCGCGCCGCCGCCCGCCGCCGCCGUGCCGCCGCCGGGCGAGGACGCGGCCCGCAAGGCCGCCGCCGGCCCCUUCUACCUGCUGCGGGAGCUGCCAGGCAGCACGGAGCUGACGGGCAGCACCAACCUGAUCACGCACUACAACCUGGAGCACGCCUACAACAAGUUCUGCGGCAAGAAGGUGAAGGAGAAGCUCAGUAACUUCCUCCCCGACCUGCCCGGCAUGAUCGACUUGCCCGGCUCCCACGACAACAGCAGCCUACGCUCCCUCAUCGAGAAGCCGCCCAUCUGCGGCAGCUCCUUCACGCCCCUUACCGGCACCAUGCUGACCGGCUUCCGCCUGCACGCCGGCCCGCUGCCGGAGCAGUGCCGCCUGAUGCACAUCCAGCCGCCCAAGAAGAAGAACAAGCACAAGCACAAGCAGAGCCGCACGCAGGACCCCGUCCCCCCAGAAACCCCCUCGGACUCAGACCACAAGAAGAAGAAGAAGAAGAAAGAGGAGGAUCCAGAGCGGAAAAGGAAGAAGAAGGAGAAAAAGAAAAAAAAGAACCGACACAGCCCCGAGCACCCAGGGGUGGGCAGCUCGCAGGCCAGCAGCAGCAGCAGCCUGCGGUGAGGCUGCACUGUGCAGUUCAAUGGAACUCCCAGCCCCAGCUGCCUGCUGUGGACUCAUCCCUCUCACAGAGCACAGUGGGGAAGUGUGGGCAGUCAUGGCCCCCACUUGCAGAGAGCAUGGACCUACAACCCCCCUGCUUGCACUGUGUGGCCGAUGGGGAGCUGAUGACACGGACACUGCUGGAAUUGGGGUUCCUACCGUUGGCCUCUUAUACUUAAACAACAUGGUGCAUUGGGAUCUCUCUUUUUUAUUCACCUUUUAAUUAAAGUCUGCUCUGAGGAAGAGCUGGUGCCAGUGGCGGCUCUGACUGUUGGCCAGCGGGGCAGGGCAAGGAGCAGAAGCCUUGGCUCAGCCCCAUCAUACUCCAGCCCUUGCAGUUUUCUGGGCUGUGAAGAAAAGGGGGCAGGAGGACACAAGUGACCUCGGUACAGCACUGUGUCCCCCAGGGCUGCCCCUGUGGGGGCUACCACAGAAGAGCCAGAGUCUCACUGAGUCCUGGGACAUAUUCCUGCUUAGGACCCUGACAGCUCCACUUACCUGCAGUGGGAGCGCUGUGCCCCAAAGUGUCCUGAGGAAGCUCAUCUCAGCUGCGAGGCCAAAGGUGGUGUAGCAGCCCUGUGAGGCUAGGCCCAGCUCUCCUUGGCCCCCUUCCUUUCCACUCCAGAGGAGGAAGGGAAAGCUGAGAAGUGAAGGACAGGGGCCUUCAGGGAAUCCUCCAUCCCUGGACACCACACAAAGCACACGCAUGCCCACUGAGGUGGCUCAUUAAAUAUCCUUUUAUUCCUCGUUUUUAAAAUGGCUAAUAAUAAUAAAAAAAACAAUGGCAUGGCUCUG